CCGAUUGGGACCGUCCGGCUACAAUCCAAGCAGUCCGAUGUGUUGAUUCUCCGGAAAUCCCUUUUACAUCUUUUGCUUGAACCACCUCCGUCAGACUCCGGUCGUUUGCCAUUUUCACCAUGGCAGCUAACGCCUCCGCUGUAUAUGAUCUCCCUCCUCUUCCGACGUACACGCUGAGCCCACGCCCCCCGCUAUGGGCUCCGAUUCCCGAUAACAUCGUAUCGCUGAUCCUCCCGAUCGUGGCGUACUGGGGCUUAUCUAUGGUUUACCACUACAUCGAUGUCAAUGACCUAUUUCCGCAAUACCGACUACACACCCCGGCAGAAGUUUUGAAGCGCAACCAUGUGUCUCGCUGGGACGUGGUCAGGGACGUUAUCCUCCAGCAGGUCAUUCAAACUAUCGCGGGUUUCGGUAUGAGCUACUUUGAUCCCCCGGAAUACAUCGGCAAGGAGGAAUAUGAUGUUGCGGUUUGGGCGCGUCGCCUCCGGCUUUUGCAGCGAGGCCUGCCCCGUUUGUUGGCCUUGUUUGGAAUCGACGCUUUGGGGUUGUCGAAAAAUCUGGCUCUGAACGGCCAUACCGUCUUGGGAGGAAUUCUGGCCGGUGGUCGCUAUCCCGGACUCACUCAGUCCAUGGUUCUGGACAACGGCGCUGAAAGCGUGGUUCCUGCCUUUGCCGCUUGGGAGCUGGCAGCUGGCAGCUUCAUCUACUGGUACUUCAUUCCGGCGCUGCAGUUCGUCUGGGGUGUCUGUGUCGUCGACACCUGGCAGUAUUUCCUUCAUCGCGCAAUGCAUUUGAACCGCUGGCUGUAUGUCACAUUCCACUCGCGUCACCACCGCCUUUAUGUCCCGUAUGCGUUUGGUGCUCUCUACAACCACCCUGUCGAGGGCUUCCUGCUCGACACCGCCGGUACCGGCGUGGCAUUCCUGACGGCUCAAAUGACAAACCGCCAAGCCAUGUGGUUCUUUACUUUCUCCACCAUCAAGACCGUCGAUGAUCACUGCGGAUACGCAUUCCCCUGGGAUCCCUUGCAACACCUCACGUCCAACAAUGCCGCCUACCAUGACAUCCACCAUCAGAGCUGGGGUAUCAAGACUAACUUCUCCCAACCGUUUUUCAUUUUCUGGGACCGUCUCUUGAACACCCAGUGGAAAGGUGACGUCACGCUCCGUUACGAACGGUCCCGGGAGUCCGCCCAGAGAAAGGUUGAGGAUGAGGCCGCUCUCGCCGCCGAAACUCAGCCCGAGACCGCAACUUCUACUCCGUCAAUCGUUUCUACCGACGAGUCUACGGACUCGAGUACCCGCACUCGCCUGCGCAGAAAGACGGUUACCCUUUCGCCACGCGUCGAGGGCUUGAAGGGCUCUAACCAUGGCGUCGCCAGCAGUGUCUUGUAAAAAGACCUGAAUGAUACAGUACCAUACGCUCUUUUGUCCAUCGGAAUCUCUUCUACUGAUAUUUAAUUUCUCUUCUUCUCUUUCAACAAACCAUUAACGGCAUCACGGUGGUUUUUAUUAGGAGCUGCAGGUCGUCUCCUCGCCACUGCAGGGU